UACGGCAGCCGGAAAGGACCAAGCCUUGUGUCCCACGUGUUGUUACGGUUUGUUGUUAUCCAUUCAGACCAGACACCGCGGCGGUUGUUGGCUACAGCCUGCAGAGGGGAAAUACAAGACAUAAACUUGCUGCUGCUAUUAACUCAAAAUGAACACGAAAAUAAACGGGGAAAAGGACGAAGACUGCGCGUUUCUUGAACACGUUCUGGAUAAACUUUAUGACUUUGGUAAUAGAGCAUCAUCAAAAAAGAACAAAACGUCCCUAAAGAAGAAAAAACGAAAACGUGAGCUAGAGGAGGAGGAGGAGGAGGAGGAUUUCCAAGCCGUCCAGGAUGCUUGCAGUGAUGCUGAGGACAACAGAACAGAUCAUGUCAAUGCUGAAAAUCAGCAACAAACUGAACAAACAGGUCAAAUCGUGCCCCAGGUGGAGGUGGUGACAUUUCAGGAUCCUAGAAAGAAACAGAGAACCAAGCAGACCCCAGUCCCAGAGAAAAAACCUGCCCCUCUGAUGACGGAGAAGAAGGAAAGCAGCCAGCCAGAAGAACUCAGUUUGGAAAAGGCUCGUCUGGAGGUCCAUCGGUUUGGAAUCACAGGCUAUAAAAAAGAGCAGCAGCGUGUGUUUGAACAGGACAGAGCCAUCAUGCUGGGAGCUAGACCUCCUAAGAAGGAAUAUGUCAACUACAAGGCGCUGCAGCAGCAGAUUAAAGAGAAGAAGCAGAAAGAGAAGGAGGAAGUUCACCCAGAUUUGAAGAAAAAGAAGAAAAAGAAACAGAGCAAUCAAAGGGAGAAGAACAAAAAGGUGUCCUCUGGUUCAGGGACGGCACCAUCGGGUCAGGUGGGCCGCUUCAAGAACGGCAUGCUGAUCCUGAGCUCCAAGGAGAUCCAGAAAAUCAAAGGCAACAAGAGGUGAAAAUAGGUGUGCCAGUGUUGCUGUACCUGAGAGGAAUUGAAAGCCAGAAAACCUAGUAGUCGUCUAGUUCGAAGAAGAAAACAUCCAGGUUGCUGUAACUGUCAAGUGAUAAGUCUGAAAGUGAAGGCUUGAAUCCUCUAUCGCAGGCAGAAAUAAGCAAAGAAGAAUGGGUUUCAAAGACUCAGCUUUCUGCAGGACUAACAACUUUAGCUCUGAGUCACUAAGACUGACAGAUUUCCAGAGGACCUGUCACAAGCCUGCCGUGAAAUAUGGGACUGUUAACCUUUGACAAACUGUUGAGUCAUGAAUCCAAUAUAUUGAUCCCUGGAAUAAACCCCGAAUGCAUCCACUGGAAGAAUGUAAAGGCACCAAACUGGACACAAAUCAUUAUUCCAUCACAGUUAAUUUAUUUGUUUUUAUAAAUGACAAAAGAACCAAAAAAGA